GCGGUAGGUACUUAUGCAAUGCCGCCGCGGCUCCGUUCGCCUCCGACCAGCAUCAGUCCGCGAGAUAGGCGCCACCAAGAACACAGCUUGCAGCCGCAGCUCGCCAGCUGACUGCCCCCCUUCAACACGUGCCAUUCCCUUCAGUUUUGUGAUAUUGUGUACAGCUUAUUUUUAAGUGCCCCAAAUAUGCACCCAUUAAAACUGUUAUCGUUGAUGGUAUUUGCCUUCGGACUAUUAGAUAAUGUGUAUGGGCAGACGGUGGUGUGCCCGGCGGUGCGGACGAGCAGCGGCUGGUUGGAUCUGUUCCCACUGCCGUGCAGGAAGCAUUCGGAAUGUCGGGUGAUGGGCACCCAGCACCUCUGUUGUAAAGGCUUUUGCACUAAAGGCGUGCAAGGCGCCGCCCAGAAAACAAGAGCCACCGGCGCGAGCCAAAGUAACGUAGCGCAGAGUAGUAGCACAAGCACCACCACAAGCACAACCACGACAACUACCACCACCACCACUACAACUACUACAACCCCAAGUACCACUACCACCAGCUCCACUACGACGACGCCUAAGCCGAAGCCGACAGAGCCGCCUCGACCGUUUCUGCAACUGUUGCCUAUACAAACCACGCCUGCCUCCAAAACUAAUGCUGCAGUAAAAACAGGAAAGUCGCAGAAGCUGGUGUGCCCCAAGGCAGGGCAAGCUCCAGUGCUGCUGUUCCCGAUCCCCUGCGAGACCAACGCACAGUGCCGCGCUAGCAGCGGCCCGGGGCAGGUGUGCUGCGGCAACCGCUGCGUCAAGGGAGUCCCGGCGCCACGCCCUACUUCCGCUCCGAAGUCUCAUCAACCAAUUCUCGGCGUGAUCCCGCGCGAGUGUCCCAGUGCGCCGCUCGGGGAGCUGCUGUUCGAGGUGCAGUCCUGCAAGUCGGACGCGGAGUGCUGGCCGCGCGUGUGCUGCCCCGACGGCGGCCGCUCCUACUGCCGCACCGCCAAGGCCCGGCUCGACUUGGUACCCGUGGCCAGGCAGAUUGACGCACCUGUAAGAAUGCUAGAACAGUAUCUGCAGUGCACGCCGCCGCCGCAGUACGACCUGUUCCCCCAGAAGUGCAGCUCGAGUGUGGACUGCUUCCCCAACCUGUGCUGCGCUGAAGGUGGCAAGAAACAUUGCCGGCCGCCGCAAAGAAGUCUUCUAGGGUUACUGGCUGGAGUUACCCAGACUAUUGGCUCAACUCUGGGAAAUCUACGUCAAAAUCAAGCAAACAAAAAUAAAGUGUGAUAAAUUUACGGUGCCUUAUUUACUAGUAUGUAAAUUAUUAAAUUAUAUGUAUUUUUACAUUUUAUACUUUUAUACUACUUAUAAAUAGUGUUAAAUAAAGUUGUGUUUGGCUUGGAAGGGAACACCAUUCCAUGUUCUUCAAAACA